GUGACUGAGGCGAGAAGGCAGAACUAGUGUUCCAGGCUUCCUAAACCCAGAAGUGAAUUCAACGGUCCAAUGAAUCUUCCUUUGAUUGGGAAUUGAUAGAAGAAUUUAGAAAUCGUAAAAAUGCCUCCACAACCUCCUCAACCCAAUCCCAACAAGUUCUACUUCUUCUACGGCCACCGCAAGCCCUCCCAGAACCGCCCCACCGUCCGCGGCGGCCUCUUCUCCAAUCGCCAAACCCUCAAACCCUCAAACCCCACUCCCAAUCCCAAUCCCAAAUCCAAACCCUUCAACAUCAAAAAGUGGGACCCACAUUUCCUCUCCACCGCACCCUCCUCCCCCUCCCCGCCACUCUCCGCCUCCCCCCGCCUCUCCCCCCUCGCCCGCUUCAUCCUCGACGCCUUCCGCAAAAGCCGCAACAAGUGGUCCCCCGCCGUCGUCGCCGAGCUCUCCAAGCUCCGCCGCGUCCCCCCCAACCUGGUCGCCGAGGUUCUCAAGCAGCAUCAGACCGACCCCGCCCUCGCGUCCACCUUCUUCCACUGGGCCGGCAAGCAGCGAGGCUACUCCCACAGCUUCGCCGCCUACAACGCCUUCGCCUACUGCCUCAACCGCCACCGCCUCUUCCGCGCCGCCGACCGCCUCCCCGACCUCAUGGACUCCCAGGGCAAGCCCCCCUCCGAGAAGCAGUUCGAGAUUCUCAUCCGCAUGCACGCCGACGCCAAACGCGGCCUUAGGCUCUACCACGUGUACCACGUGAUGCGGAACAAGUUCGCCCUCAGGCCCAGGGUGUUUCUCUACAACAGGAUCAUCGAUGCGUUGGUGAGGACCGGCCAUUUGGACCUCGCCAUGUCGGUUUACGAGGAUUUCAAGGAGGAUGGGUUGGUUGAGGAGAGGGUUACCUUCAUGGCUUUGGUGAAGGGGCUCUGCAAGGGUGGCAGGAUCGAUGAGAUGUUCGCGGUUUUGGGGAGGAUGAGGGAGAGCUUGUGUAAGCCUGAUGUGUUCGCUUACACGGCCUUGGUUCGGAUUCUGGUGCCCGAGGGGAAUUUGGAUGCGUGUUUGAGGGUUUGGGAGGAGAUGAAGAGGGACCGGGUGGAGCCUGAUGUCAAGGCUUAUGCUACUAUGAUUGUGGGCCUGGCUGAAGGAGGGAGGGUGAUGGAGGGUUAUGACUUGUUCAAGGAGAUGAAGAGUAAGGGUUCUUUGGUGGAUAGGCUCAUAUAUGGAUCCUUGGUGGAGGGGUUUGUGGUUCGGGGUCAGCUGGGAUUGGCCUUUGAUUUGUUCAAGGAUUUGGUGAGCUCCGGGUAUAGGGCUGAUUUGGGGCUUUAUAAUUCGCUCAUUCGAGGUUUGUGCGAUUCCAAAAGGCUUCACAAGGCUUAUAAGCUUUUCAGAGUGACGGUUCGAGAGGGCCUUGAGCCGGAUUUCUUGACGGUGAAGCCGUUGUUGGUGGCUUAUGCUGAAGCAAAUAGGAUGGAGGAGUUUUGCAAGUUGCUUGAGCAGAUGCACAAGUUGGGUUUUCAGGUUAUUGCUGAUCUCUCCAAGUUUUUCUCCCUUUUGGUGGAGAAGAAGGGACCCGUAAUGGCAUUAGAUGUGUUUACUUUCUUGAAAGAAAAAGGUCAUGUUAGUGUUGAGAUAUAUAAUAUUCUUAUGGAGUCUCUUCACAAGAUUGGUGAGGGGAAGAAGGCUUUAUCGCUGUUUGAUGAAAUGAAAGACUUAAGCUUGAAGCCUGACUCGCUGACAUAUAGUAUUGCGAUUCUAUGCCUUGUUGACCUUGGUGAAAUUCAGGAGGCGUGUGUUUGUCACAAUAAGAUCAUCGAGAUGUCUUGCUUUCCUUCUGUUGCAGCUUAUAGUAGCCUUGCUAAAGGGCUUUGCAAAAUUGGAGAGAUAGAGGAAGCUAUGUUGCUUGUUCGCGAUUGCUUAGGCAAUGUUAGUGAUGGACCGAUGGUGUUUAAGUAUAGUCUUACCAUUAUUCAUGCUUGUAAAUCAAAUGAUGCCAAGAAGGUGAUUGAUGUAUUGGAUGAGAUGUUGGAACAAGGUUGCUCUCUAGACAGUGUUGUAUAUUCUGCAAUCAUCUCCGGCAUGUGUAAGUAUGGAACAAUUGAAGAGGCAAGGAAGGUUUUCUCAAACUUGAGGGAGCGCAACUUCUUGACAGAAUCUGAAACAAUUGUAUAUGAUGAAUUACUAAUUGAUCACAUGAAGAAAAAGACAGCAGAUUUGGUGCUAUCAAGUUUAAAGUUCUUUGGUCUAGAAUCUAAAUUAAAAGCAAAAGGCUGUAAGCUGUUGCCAAGUUGAAAAUAAUUAUGGGGAGGCAUUGUUCUCACUUUUGUUCAACAAGUUGAAUGCAGAAAAGUAUAUGGAAGGAUCAACCAUUGUUUUUAUCUGGUUCUGCAUUAUCUUCCUUCUGAUAUCUGAUAUAAGGCCUGAUUGGUACAUAUUAGAAGGCCUUUUGAAAGCUUUUACAAAAGUCAAAAGCUCUCUCAGUAGAGCUUAUGGUGAAGGUCAAUUUUUCAUCUUUUCGAGAAGCCGUGGAAUAGUUUUUGGGGGACAAAAUUACCCUCCUGUAAAUUUGAAAAUGACAAUCAUGUCCCACACAAUUUUUUGACACAGCCAGAAGGACCCUAACUUUCUCUCUCCUGUGCGUUCCUUUUUCGUUCGGCACUCUUCUUCGAUUUGUUAAACAUCAAAGAGUAUUGGAAGGAUGGAAUACCUUUGUAGAAAAAGAAAUAUUGCACUAUAGUUGGAUUGGUGCCCUGGCAGAAGAUUGUUGAUUCUAACAAUGUUUUUUAUUGGAAUGAUUCAGCUGCUGAAGAGGCAUUUCAAAAUGCCAAAAAACGAUACUGGGCAGUGGGCAAAUAUCAACAGCAUUCCUUGUGAUAUUUCUCUGCCUGAUCCAGAUACUUAUAUUGAUCAAAUAGAUUGAAACCCUCAUAUCGUUCCUGAACUGAUUAAGGAAAUAGAUAGUGCAUUCUUUAAUGUGCCUAACGAAGAACAUGAAAAUGCCAUGAAAAACAAAAGAACAAAAACUUUAGGUAAUAGUGAAAAUCCUUGGGAAUGUACUGAUACACCUCUUAGCAUAGCCUUAGAAAAUAAAGUAGGAUGGAACCUGGGAAAUCCUGGAAAUGUGGAUAAUACUGACAAUCCAUGGAAGUGUAGCAAUACUCGUGGAAAUGAAGGAUUAACUAACGAUGCUUUGGAAAAUGGUGGUCCUGUUGAUCCAUGGAAAGGACCAUAACGAUCAAUGUAAGGAUGGGUAUUCUGGAAACUUACAAAAGGAUAAAAGAUGGGGGGUUGGGGCAGUUCUUGGUGCCAGCAACAUUCAGAUAAUUUGCCUAACAUUGGCAACUCUUGGCAAUGCAAAUCUAGUCAACAGAAUGUAACUAUAAAGAACACAGGACAGAGAAACAGUGGAUCAAAUGUGUCAGGAUGGAAAAGGCUGAUGUUUCAAGUGAUUUGCAAUUUAGAAGUGAUUUUCCGGUUGAAAAUUAUAAUGGGGACAGAUUUAUUGUUCUCAUUUUUGUUCAACAAGUUGACUGCAGAAAAGCAUUUGGAAGAAUCAAUGAUUGUUUUUAUCUGGUUCUGCAUUAUCUUCCUUCUGAUAUCUGUGAUAUAUUCCAAUUUUGUGGCUGUAAACAAAAGUUUCUUGCGAAGAAUUUGACACAUGUUGCAGGAUAUUGUUGCAUAUCCCAUAACAUUGGACUCUUAAAUUAUGAAGAUCGUACAUUUCCAGGCUGCAGAGAUUGCAUCCUUUAACAAGAAGUCACUCCAGAAAGUUAAACUCACAUUAAACCACAUCUUAAGCUCUCUACAUGCUUCAUUAGUGUAAAUGGAAUUCUGAAUAUCAUUUGUUAGUGUCCUUUACACAAAUCCAACGUGGAAUGAAUAGUGGAAUAUAGAUAUUUAAUAUUCAUUUUUUAUAUAUAUACAAACUAUAUGAUUAAGUGUAUUAUUGAGAC